UGGAUGGGAAUUAAAAAUUGUUGAACGCAAUUACGAGGAACCAAAGUGGGAGAAAUUUCCAAGAAAAAACCAACUCAAUGCCCACAAGACUUACGUCAAUUUAUAUUUGUUGAAUUGUUUGUGCAUUACAUACUUUGAAUCUUAGCUGUUCAUUCAACAAGUUCGCUUAUACUUUUAUCAUUUGCAAUGCCUUCCAAGGCCAUCAUGGAAUGCAGCUCUUCUUCAUCAUCUCUAGUCACAAGAACAUACGAUGUGUUUGUGAGUUUCCGAGGUGAAGACACUCGAAACAACUUUACUGAUUUUCUCUUCCAAGCUCUUCGUAGAAAAGGAUUUCAUGCCUUCAAAGACGAUGCAGAUCUCAAGAAAGGUGAAUCCAUAGCACCGGAACUGCAACAAGCAAUUGAAGGGUCUCGCAUUUUCAUCGUGGUGUUCUCUAAGAACUAUGCUUCCUCCACUUGGUGCUUGCGUGAACUUGCCCACAUUUGCUAUUUCGUUGCAGCACCAGGAAGACAUAUUCUACCUAUUUUUUAUGAUGUGGAUCCGUCAGAUGUGCGAAAACAAAGUGGAUAUUUUGAGAAACCCUUUGUCGAACUCGAAGAAAGAUUUAGAGAAGAUAAUGAAAGGAUGGAGGAAGUGCAGAGAUGGAGAGAAGCUCUCACACAAGUAGCCAAUCUCAGUGGCUGGGACAUCAGAAACAAGCCACAGUAUGCAGGGAUUGAAGAAGUUGUUCAAAAGGUGACAGAUAUAUUGGGUCAUAAAUUUUCAAGUCUUCCAAAUGAUAAUCUAGUUGGGAUGAAAUUUCGUGUCGAGGAAUUAGCAAAACUCUUAUAUUCGGAGUCAAGUAAUGAUGUUAGAGUUUUUGGAAUCACUGGAAUGGAUGGAAUAGGAAAGACAACUCUUGUUCGUGCUUUAUACGAAGGAAUCUCUCAUCAAUAUGAUUUUACUUGUUAUAUUGAAGAUGUGAACCAGAUUUAUGGAGAUUCUAGUACAUUAGGUGUACAAAAGCAAUUGCUUUCUCAUUCUCUAAAUGAAAAAUGUGAAGAGAUUUGCAAUGUUUCUCAGGGAACUUAUUUGAUAUGGAAAAGGCUACGAGGUAAAAAGGCACUUAUAGUUCUUGACAAUGUUGAUGAAGUUGAACAACUAAAGAUUUUUACAGGGAAUCGAGACACUAUGUUACGUGAUUGCUUAGGUAGAGGGAGCAUAAUCAUCAUAAUUUCCAGAGAUGAACAAAUAUUGAGGAUACAUGAAGUAGACGAGGUUCACCAAGUUCAACCACUAAAGGAUACUGAGGCCGUUCAAUUAUUUUGUAGACAUGCUUUCAAAGCUAAUGUUAUUAUGAAUGGUUUUGAAAAGAUGACAAAUGAGGUACUAUGGCAUGCUCAGGGUCAUCCUUUUGCAAUUGAAAUAUUGGGUUCAUCGUUAUUUGGUCUAAGUGUGUCACAAUGGAGAAGUGCAUUAGCUAUGCUAAGAGAAAAUAAAAGUAAAAAGAUUAUGGAUUUGCUUAGAGUAAGUUAUGAAGCGUUGGAUUAUACAAACAAGCAAAUAUUUCUAGACAUAUCUUGCUUUCUCCAUGGCUAUGCAGUGGAACAUGUAGUAGAAAUUCUAAAUUUUCGUGGAUUUUAUCCUGAAUAUGGCUUGCAAGUUCUGAUAAAUAAAUCGCUCUUGAUCGUUGAGGAUGGGAGAAUUAAAAUGCAUCGCUUGUUGAUGGAUUUGGGGCAAUCUAUUGUUCGUGAAAUAUCACCUAAAGAACCAAGAAAUUGGAGCAGAGUGUGGAGCUACAAGAAUCUCCAAAAUAUACUGUCAAAUAACAUGCCAGCAGAAAAUCUGGAAUGCGUAGUUUGUGAGUUCGCACUCUUUAAAACAACCUUGAGGGCAGAUGGGUUUUCAAACAUGAGGCACCUUAAGUUGCUCAAGUUGAAUUAUGUGGAAUUUUCCGGAAGCCUGGACUAUCUUCCUAGUGAGUUAGGAUAUCUAUGUUGGCAUGGAUAUCCAUUUAAGUCUUUGCCACCUCGUUUUCUACCAUACAAGCUUGUUUCGUUGUCCCUGGCUAAUAGCAAAAUCAAACAACUAUGGGAAGAUACAAAGCCUUUACACAAUUUGAAGCGUUUGGAUCUCUCUUCAUCAGAAGACCUAAUCAAGGUGCCAGAUUUAGGGGAGGCCAUAAAUCUUGAGUGGCUAUCUCUGAAAAAUUGUACAAAAAUAAGGGAGAUACAUCCAUCCAUUGGUCUUCUAAGAAAACUUUCUUAUGUGACUUUGGAAGGCUGCAAAAGUCUUAUAAAGUUGCCACAUUUUGAGGAGACCCAAAAUCUUGAAAUACUAGAUCUUGAGAGAUGUAUAAAACUGGAGAAGAUCCAUCCAUCCAUUGGUCUUAUAAGAAAACUGAAAUUUUUGAACUUGAAAAACUGCGAAAGUCUUACCAUGUUACCACAUUUUAGGGAGGACCUAAAUCUUGAAAUUCUAAAUCUCGAAGGAUGUAGGAAGCUCGGGCAGAUCAAUCCCUCCAUUCAUCAUCUAAAAAAGCUUACUGUUUUGAAUUUGAAAGGCUGCAAAAGGCUGGUAAGCUUGCCCAACAGCAUAUUAUGCCUCAAUUCUCUAAGUUAUCUGAAUCUCUCGGCCUGUUCAAAUCUGUCUUAUAUACAGUUAUUAGAAAAACCAAGGGAUGAAGGUCAUUCGAAGAGGCCUUGUAUAGGUGAAGCUUCUCUAAGAUCAUCCAUCAUGAAAAGGUGGUUUAAGUCGCCUUUACACUUGUUCAAUUCAAGAAAGCAUAAAGAUUCAUUUAGCCACUUGUUUCCUUCUCCCAAUUUCUCAUGUAUUCGUGAACUUGAUCUAAGUUUCUGCGCUUUACUUCAAAUCCCUGAUGUUAUUGGAAAUUUGCAUAGCUUAGAAAGGCUAAAUUUAAGUGGAAACAGUUUUUGCAAACUACCCAACCUCAAGGAGCUUUCCAAACUGUAUCGUUUAGUCUUAAGGCAUUGCAGGCAACUGAAAUAUUUGCCUGAGCUACCUUCACAAACUUACUUGCCAUCAGUAAUUUACGAACGGCCAUGGCCAACAACAGAAUCUCCAGUAUGGGUAAAUGCACCAGAAAAACCACUUCUACAUUUUAUAAACUCAGGUUUAGAAGUUUUGAACUGCCCAGAGUUAGUUGAGAUUGAAAGGGAACGCUGUACGAGAAUGACUGUUUCAUGGAUGAUACAAAUACUUCAGGCGCAACGCCGCAUAGAUCCGUUGUCCAUUCCAAUGAACCCAAAAUUUUCAAGUGUUAUACCUGGAAGUGAAAUACCAAGGCUGUUCAACCAUCAGGAGUAUAGCACGUUAACAAGGAUUGAUGAGUCUCCCUUUGGGCAUGACUAUGUAGCUGCUGUGUUUUGUGUACUAUUUGAAGCUCGGUUCAAAAGGGGGAUUGUGUCAUCAAUUUGUCCUCCGAAAGCAAAAGGAAAGUUUAAUGACAGUAAGAUAUCAAUGGUUUUUGAUUCUGAUCUAGCCAUCGCGGACUAUGUUUCAGAUUACCUGUGGAUAUUAUUUUUGGAUACAGAUGAAUUCAUUCAAUAUCAGUAUGCACCUCUUUAUGAUGAAAUAGUAGACUUAGUCGGGAAUGAUCAUUAUGAUAUAGAUGUGAAGAAAUGCGGAUAUCGUCUGAUAUAUGAUCUGGAUCUAGAACUAUCAAACUUAACAAUGAUGCAUGGCGGAAAUUUGCCGGCCUUGAAGAACGACCUUUUGGCAAUUGAAGAUAACAAGUAGCAACACUGCAUUUCCACUGAAGUUCCUUCAUAAUGAAGAAUUGAAGAUAUGAAAUAAUACUGAAACAAGUCUUUGCAUCUUAUUUGGUUUAUAAACUUUUGAUAGUCAAUUUUACUGCAACUUCAAUGGGCACUAAACAAUUUCAUGAUUCGCCGUUCAAUGAUGCAUAUUGUUAGGUUUCGCUAUGGCAAUAGGAUCAUUCAAACACAUGUAUAGAAGAUAUUCUGCUGCAAUAUUGCUCAUGGUGGUCAUUCAAAUGUAUGAAGAUAUUCAGAACUACAUUCUGCUGUAUCCGUAUGAUUGAUCAAAUUAUGUUCUGCAUUUUGACAGUUCUAUGGUUUGAAUCCCUAAGCCUAGCUUAAAUUUCAGUUCCAUUUCGUUGGAUGACUUCUUGGCCCUAGGGGGAAUUCAGUGAUGCAUGUUAAUUAUAUGAGGGAAAGGUUCGAUUAAGAAAUAGUUGAGGUAUCAUCUCUUCCUUAGUGAAUUGUUUUGCAUGUUGAAAGUCUUUAAGAUUGAAGUUUCUUAAUGAAUUCUUCUGUUUUUCCUCACUGAAUAUAUAUUGUAUUUGUCUACCUUAUAAUUUAUAGGAAGAGCUGUUUGGAGGGAGUUCAGGCUAUGAACACUUGAAUGAAUCUCUAUACCUUUCGAUGGAGAUAUUCAAUAAUCUGUAAAUGUUGUUUCUGUAAGGUUGAGCCGUUGAGGCGAACACAAAAAUAUCAUAGAUAAACUACUUAGAUUCAUCAUAUAAAAAUAUCACUCACAAAUUAGACAUUUUCAUUCUCCUUUUUCUCUUUGAAGAAAAAAGGUAAGGUUAUUAAGCAUUACUUUGUUUUCCUGUUGUUGAAUGAAAAAGAUAAAGAUAUCCUACUGGUUUGGUAUUCUGGUAAUUACUUCUCCCUAGGAAGCUACAAGAAUGAGGUUUUAUGUAAUGUUGUUUUCAUGGAGGCCACACAUAUUUUGCUAGAUUGGCCAUGACAAUUUGAUAAACACACCUAUCAUACCAAGAAAUACAUUUUUCACUCUCAUGGUAAAAAUGUACUUUAGUAUUUCUAUCACCUCAAGAAGUUAACGAGGACCAAAAUAAAAUAAAAAAGCAAAGAGAAAUAGAAAAAGAAGAAGAGAAAGAAAAAAGUGCAGUUUCAACCAAAAUAAAAAGUGACAAAAGCAUAAAGAAAGGAAGGAUAAUUUUUCCAAAGCUAGAGGUUUCUUCGUGAGUAAAGAUUUGGAGACCUCAUAAGAGGAAGAAGAAAUUACUUCCUUAAAUGAAGUUAAACUUAAUUAAGAAGGGCUUCAAGAAUUUGUGGUCAAAUUCUCUUCAAGAAAGCGAGAAUGAUGAGCCUCUAAUCCCUACCAAGAAUGGAGGCACAUGCUUACAAAGAAUAAACAUGUCUAAAAAGGAAGCAUAUUCAUUUUCUCUCUUUUAUGGGCGUUUAGUUUUGUAUUGAAUUUUCUUUUGUUGACUUAAGUUGAGUUGACCUUGUUGACUUAACUUGUUGACCUCUUGUUUGGUUGUUUAUUUUGUAGAAUAAGCUAGGACCAUCUUGGAGGAGGAUAACACUAAGUGGAAAAGAGACUUGACCUUGGACCCACACAUAGGAGGUGUACAUAUAUGGAGAGAGCUACGAGAGCAAGGAUUGACCCUCCUUUUUAGAAGAUUAAAGUUCCACAUAAGAGCCUUGGCUGACAAGCUAGGUCGAGUCCUACAGUCUCCUUUUGAUGACUUAGUUUCUACAAGCAUUUUCCAUGUAUUUGCUACUUAGUCUUGAGCUUUGUGUUUUUGCAAAGAGACCAUCUUCCACCAGUUAUAAAAGGGGCUCUCCUAUCACAGUCAGGUUAUUUUAAGGAAAACAUUUUUGUUGCCUUUGUCACUACACCAGUCACUGCCAACAACGACGUCAUCUACCGUUAUCGGUGGCAUCAUUGUUUACCAAUACAACAUGAAUGAGAUCUGAGCCUAACCACAUAAGG